CAGACGAGAGUGAGAUUGUCAGUCAAUACUGAGAUCAGCUAGUGCCAACACUUGUGCAUUUGAGAUUUUCUUGUAAACAAUUGAAUACAAUACUUGCGUCAUAUAUUGUGUUACUGCAAUUGAUAAACAAAAAGUCACAAUGAAGAAUUCCACCCAACACACCCUGGUAAAGGCUGGUGAUCGUGACAGCCUGAAAGAAUUGCUGAGGCGCCGUCUGGUCGAGUGCGGCUGGAAGGACGAGGUCAAACUGAUGUGCAAAGAGAUCAUCAAGGAAAACGGCCAGGACAUAACUUACGACGCGUUGCUAGCAAAAGUCACGACUAGAGCACGCAGCCGUGUUCCCGACAUCGUCAAGAGAGAGCUGCUACAAAAGAUCAAAAAUCAGCUCCUGCUGCAGGAGGAAAAAAUGAAAAUAACACAGUAGAGAGUUUUGUUUACUUUGUUGCUCGUUCAAACGGCAACUAAUCCGGAACCUUGUAUAUUUUUUGAAAAAGACAGUUUGAGCGGGAGUCAAUUUUCUAGUUUUAUAAAGAGUCUGAUUAAGUACUUUUUACGUAUUGAUACCUUUUACGUAUUUAUAAGCAAGUUUACAUCUUUGAAUCCUUCAUUUAACGAAUUUUGUAAUUAGUAUUAUGACUUGAAGAUGUUGAGAUUUACAAACUUAAAUAAAGAAAUACGAUAUUUUUUAAUUU